AUGAAAGAAGAGGCCUACACCUCAAGAGGUUCUGUCUUUCAGCGUCUGGGAACCACAGGAAAGUCAUUAGCGCAAAAAGGGUUGAUGGAGAAUGAAAAGCAAGGUUUUCUUGAAGGAAUCGACGAUAAAGACAUUAAUAGUAUCUUCCUAUCACGUAUGAAGAGAAAGGUUGUGUUGUCAAUCACCACAGAUGAUGAGUUUCCUGAUGAAGAUGUACUAUUUACUGAAGAACUGCUACCUUGGACAUUGCUCUUUGAUGGAUCUGAACGUCGAGAUGGUGCUGGAGCAGGCGUUGUGCUGAUAUCAAUAGAAAAAUUAAUCUUGCCAUUCUCAUUUGUUUUGGGUGAAAUAUGUUCCAAUAAUACUGCAGAGUAUCAAGUUUUAAUCGUUGGCCCUGAAAUGGCAUUAGACAUGAAGAUUCCACAAUUGGAUAUCUAUGGUGAUUCUAAGUUGAUCAUAAACCAACUUUUGGGGAGUUACGAGGUGAAAAAGGAAGAUCUUUUGCCAUAUCACCAAUAUGCUAUUCUUUUUCUUAAAAGGUUUGAUAAGGUAUUUCUAAAUCAUGUCCCAAGAGAAGAAAAUCGCAUGGCGGAUGCUCUGGCUAACUUAGCCACAAUGUUGGCACUCAGAGCAAAUGAGUCAACAAAGGUGCAAGUAUGUCAUCGAUGGGUUAUUCCUGGUUGUCUCGAUCUUCAAAUAGAUGAAAGUCAUCAUACAUCUGUCUGA